AUGCUGAAUGCUCUGUGUACAUGUGUCUACAUAUCAACAUAUGUGUGCAAGUCAGUUUGUUCUGUGGGAAUGACAUUUAGCAGCCUACAUUACGAACCGUAUACAAACUCUACUGAAGACAUAGAAGCAACUGAGAGACAAAGACAGUUUAAGCUUGGGAUUUUCGCCCACCCUAUCUACAGUCAGGAGGGCGACUACCCUGCAGUAGUGCGGGAAAGGGUGGACAACAACAGCAAAGCAGAAGGACUAGCGCGCUCAAGGCUGCCAAAAUUCACGCAGGAGGAAAUCGAAUACAUUAGAGGUUCUGCUGAUUUCUUCGGUUUCAACACAUACGGUUCAAAGUACGUAGCGGCAGGAGACUUCCCCAUUGCACCGUCUCGCAGACACGAUUCCGGUGUCAUCGUAAAGGAUGAUGAGAUUCCACUCGAUCAGUCAGCCGCAGGGUUCAGAAAGAUACUGAACUGGUUGGUUGCCGAAUACCCUGGAUACCCCAUUUUCGUGUCGGAAAAUGGCCUAGGCAACGACGGUAGCGUCGGUCUGAAUGACACAGACAGAGUAGAGUAUUUUGCGAUGGUCCGCCACCACAUCAUGCAGGCCACCCCUGACACGGAUUUCCGGCGCGACGCCCUCGGACUCGACGAUCCUAUUCUGGACCAGAUCAUUGAUCUAGCAUUCAAGUACGAAGUCUCUACGGCGGCCGACAAGCGUUUGAAAUCAUAG